AUGAGGAAGGUAACUGGCAACUCCAAAAAUAUACCAGGCCAUUCGGCCUCCUAUUCAUCGCAUAUUCCUACGGUUUUUUGGAUUCUGGCAAAUGCCAUGUGUCUCGUGGCCCUCAUGAUGCAAGCCAUGACCAUAUACACCCCAAAAUGGCGAGUAGCAAAGCCUAUAGCUUAUAGCUAUAUGCACAUGGGGACUAGACGGCAACACCUGGUGGGGGAGACAAGUUACGGUUUACAUCUUAUUAAAUUCAAUAAUGGAGGUUUUAGCCAAACAUGGCAAGCCAAGGUUGAGAGUGUAAAGAGCAAAGGUUACACGGCCAUCCAGUACAAUGAACAAGUCGGCAAGGGAACCUACCGCAGUCUAUAUGGCAGCUACUGCCCUGCUGCUUGCAGAAACGCCAUCUUGGUACGUAUGGAGGGAUACGAACGUAUGAUGAAGUUGAACAACAAUCUAACCCUAGUGCUCGUCGUCGUAUGUACCCUUGCCGGUAUGGGUAUAGGGUGGUACAUCCUUUUCGACGCAGAUGUUAUGGUUUCAAGUGGAUUCUGGGUCACAGCUGCUGUCUUGGCAGUUGGUGGGCUGUACUACUGGAAAACCCACACUCACGAAUUAUGGAAGAUGAUUUGCAUGUCGCAACAGAUUCCAUACCCUGCCCUUGGUGAUAACGUGUGGUACACCUACGCCGCGGCAGCGCUUUUUGUCGGCGGUAGUGCGCUGCUCGUAUUGGCUGGAUUCUUCUAUAAUUGGAGGCACACGCGACGUAUGCAGAGGAUGCUAAACGACCAUUUGCAAAACCAGCAAAACAACGUGGAUCCGUUUGGCGACCCAUCAUCGCUUGAUAUGUUGAAACAGAAAACACCUUUUGCUCCAGCGGCGGAACAAAACCAACAGGGAAUGAACCCUGGCCAGUUAUUCUCUGGUAUAGGUUUCGGCCAGGGACAACAGCAAGGCUACCAAUACCCUUCGGGUGCUUCGCCUACUGGUCCGUCUAUGUGGAACACCAACCUCCAGUAUUAG